ACUGGUAUGUCUUCAACGCAGGAGAGCGCCAACAGUAAGGUGAAUAGCUGGUAUAUCUUACCUCUGCGUGGUGAUAUAACCAGGUCUAGCCCCUUAAGUCAUGUCACUGAUAACAGCUGUCUUCUGGUGCUUAAGUCGUGUGUCCAUACAUAGUGAAUACCGUUAGAAUGGCGUCUUUCAAUAUUGCCAUUUACAUUGUAAUCACCCUGUUCAUAGUCUACUCAGCACACGUGCCUGAUUGCAAUGGAUAUUCAUUCAAAAAGAUCUCUAAUAAAAACUUUGUUCGUAAGUCAUCGAGUUAUGUCCAGGAGAGACACUUUGGCCAAGCGCUUGGCUUAGAAAAACUAUUACCAGACUCUAAACCCACAUCAAGAAAAACAGUAGCCCAGAAAUAUGCACGCCAGAGGAGAAGCUUCGUGCAUGCAAUGCGUGUGGGCAUGUCGUCAGCCGGAAGUGUUAUAGACAGCAAGCACCUUUCCUUUCAAUCCUCGCUUCGCGCCGAAAGCAAUUGCUCGGAAGUGGUUCCGAGUGUUAAUUGCAAUGCUACGAAUUGCAUUUACAAUAACGACAAAUGUGACUGUCAGCACCUGAACUUGACCUGUAUCCCAACUAAUCUGCAUACUAAUAUCACUAGCCUGAAACUCGGCAAUAACAGUAUCAGAGAAGUGCCUGGGUAUGUCUUCUGUCGUUAUACAGAGUUAAAGAGCUUGAGUUUAGCCAGGAACAAAAUAUCGCAUUUAUACAACACUUCGUUCUGUGGCCUGGGUAGCUUGACACAUUUAGAUUUGCGCAACAAUCACCUCUCCAUGGUUGAAGGAACAUUCCCAGCGCUUGUCUUUCAACCUUUAACCAACCUCACCGAACUAAGGAUAAAUAAAAACAACCAGUCGUCACUAGAUAAUUCUAAUUAUCCAGACGUAGCUUUAAGCCAGCUCACGAAUCUGGAAACUCUCUACAUGGAUGGACUAACUAACAAAACAUUCGGACCCGGAUUUAAAAAUAUGACCAGGUUAAAAAAUUUAUCCAUGACCGGUUUCGUGGAUGGCUACUGUAACAUGGGCUCUUUAAACUACAGCACGUUUGAGAAUGUCCCAACACUCACUUUCUUAAACAUCAGUAACUGCCACUUAAUGAGUAUUUAUAGUGACACGUUUUCAAAUCUCACAAACCUAAAAGUUCUAGAUUUACAUUACAAUGAAAACUUGGGCAUCGAUAAUUUCGAACAGAUCACAGCUAGUCUUAAGAAACUGCCUCUUGAAUUCCUGGAUGCCAGCACAAUUGAAUCUAGAUACGCCACUGGAAAGCAUGUCAAGGAGAAUCAAAUCCAAAAUUUGCCCCUGAAUCUAACAACACUGAAAGUGGCGGGAAACAGUAUCGAAACCGUUGACCCCACCAUUUUGACUAAAUUACCACCCAAUCUACUUUAUCUUGACGUCGGUAAAAAUAAAUUUGAGUUCGGCGCCUAUCUCCAGAAUUUAACCGCUCUCACAAGCCUUAAAACCCUGACCAUUAAUGGAGAAGACUACCUCUACGACGUGCCAACCACCUACCCAUAUGUUGGUCCGUACGGCCUUUCAAAAAGGCGGCUGUUAAAAAGACGCAGCCUCUGUUUAGGGCCCAAUUUCACCUUUCCCAUUCCGCCGAGACUUGAAGUGCUGGAGAUCGUCAAAGCGGGACUCAGUUAUAAACUGACCUCAAUGAAAAUAGACAUAAACAAUACCCUCAAAGUUUUAAAACUUGACCAAAAUUUCUUUCCCCAGCUUGACGGACCAUUAAUCAAUUUCGAUUCCUUAGAAAAUUUAAGCAUUUCCAACAGUUUUGUGCAAACUAUCAAUCGAAUGUUUUUUAGUUGUUUGAACUCGUUGAGAAAUUUGACCCUUAGUGUAAACAUGCUUGGGGAUUUUAUCGGCAGCAGUAAGGAAAGGUUAUUUGAGAACUUGAGUAGCUUGUCCUAUCUGGACCUGUCAUUCAACUCUAUCGACAAAAUGCAAGUGUAUUUUUUUCACGGUCUGUCCAAUGUGACCGAGAUUGACCUCAGCAGAAAUAAAAUAUCCGAAUUUAACGUGGACAUUACCAAGAUGAAUCAAUUAAGACGUUUGAACCUCAGCGAUAACAAAAUAUCUCGUUUGUUCUCGAACGUCACUGACCAGAUCGACAGAAUUCGAAAAGAUGGCUUUGAGGUUCAAGUGGACUUGUCCAAAAACCCAAUUGACUGCACUUGCGCAAAUUUGGAGUUUCUAAAGUGGAUGGUGAACUGGGUGAAUGUAAGCCAGUCUCAAGGCUAUUUGUGUAAGCAAGACGAUGGGUCAAUCCUGGCAAUGCCCGACGGCUACUUCGAGACGGUGCUAUCUCUAAACAGACAAUGUGCCUCCAACGUGGUCAUCUUUCUGAUCAUCAUUGGCGCCACCUUGGUGCUGGCAUGCGUCAUUGUCGGGAUGAUUAUCUACAGAUUCCGCUGGAGUCUAAGGUAUUGGUACCACGUGGCUUAUCUCAACUACCAGCAGAAGAGAAAAAGUGACAGACGUCAGAAGUUUGAAUAUGACGUGUUCAUCUCCUACGUCCACAACGACGAGACGUUCGUAGCGCAAACACUUUCCACUGAGCUGGAGAAACGGCAUGUCAAAGUCUACAUGCACGGGCAGAAAUUUGUGGCGGGAAAUUACAUUGCUUCUAACAUCGUGCAGGCGGUGAAAUCUUGUAGGAAAACAUUAGUGGUACUGACCAAUAAAUACGUUCGGAGCCAGUGGUGUUACUAUGAAGUUCAGAUGGCCAACAUGGAAGCGAUUUCCUCGGGAAGACCAGUCCUGGUGUUUUUAAUCAAAGAAAAAAUUCCGAAUCAUAAACUGGGUGAAAUUCUGACCUUCAUUAAAACAAACACUUACAUUCCCUACCCCCAAGAGGAUUCAAUUCAGGGGAGGGAACUGAAAAUUUUCUACGACAAAUUGGCGAGUGAUUUGCUCUGAUUUCAUUCUUAGCCAGUGAUUGAAAACUUGGAGGAUUACGAAACAAAUUGAACAAAAGCAAAAAAAAAAAAAAAUUGUCCCAAAAUUGUGUCGCUUUAAUCACUGUGAGUAGGACACAAGCCUGAAUAUCUCGACCUGCGAAGUUUAGAACUAACAUAGCAGGCCUCUUCAGGUUAUGAAGUAAAUUAUUGGUGUCCAUCGCUAAGACUAAGACUACUUUAUUGAUCCUUCUUGGAAAUUCGUUGUGAUUGCAAGGACUAUUUUUUCUCAAUUAACAACACCAUCCAUAUAAAUAGCACAGACACAACAUACAGAGAAAUUCAUUGAGUGUCUAGACACAUCGGUCUUGAGUCUUUCACGUCGUCCCCUAGUCAACGAGUAGCACUGAGACCGUCUGACAGAGUAAAGAAGAAAUGGAGUGUUGUUUUUAGUACCGUUCUGGUGGAUAGAAGUCGCUCAUGUCUCCACGACUGAAGAAGAAAUCAGAUUUGUACAGUCUUUGCUUUUCAUGUGUUGAGACGUGUGGAAUGAAAUAUAGGUCUAAUUUGUUUCAUGUCAUUAUCCUACUUAAUAAACUAGACUGUUGAAUCACA